AUGGUUGGAGGAUGGCAGUACUCUGCAAGAGUCUCGGAGUUCCUGCCGAGGGAACCGCUCUGGCGUGAACGGGACCCCCUCGCCGUUGGACGCUACUAUCAUGCAGCCGCAGUGGUGCAGGAAGCCGAGGGCGUAGGACGGGCACUGCUAGGUGUUUUCGGUGGAUUGGUAAAGGAGGGGUCGUACCUCUCCUCAUGUGAAGUCUACGAUGUCAGGCAGGACAGGUAA